AUGUCAUCCUACAUCCUCCUCCGGUUGAAUAUUUUCCUCUCUUCAACACUCCGCGAUUUCUCCUCUCGCCGCAUUCAAAAUCUGUUGUAUGAGAACGCCGGAGAUAUGACCCAGGUGCAGCAGCACUAUUCCCAAGGUCGCGAAAUCAUCGAUGCGAAACAACAAGAGGCCGUUUGUACACAGAUCGGAAGCAAGUACGAGGCUCUCAACAAGGACAAGAUCAAUAAGAACCACUACAAGGAGUACCUGGCAAUGAUCGGUGAUAAUCUCCAGAGUCUGUCCACAACGAAGCAGCAUGACAUGAAGACUGCUACGCAUCAGGACCCCCUCACCGCCUCAGCGGUAGCAGCGAGACUUCAGGGAGGGAUGAGUGACAAGAUCCUGAUCUCCAACGCAGAGCAUUCCAAGAUCUUAUCUCAGCAGACGGCCUUCUACGAAUCAGCUGUCGAGAUUGUGCGCCGAGAGCUAAUCCAGUAUGGGAUGGUCGUUAGCAUGAUCGAAGCACUCACAGCAAACGAAAAGUCAUGUCUUGUUGCAAUCAUUGCAUACGCCUCGGGUUUUUGA